CCCCCCGCUCCCCAUUUUCCCCCCCGCAGUCGGCACAGCCAACUCACUCACACAAUGCUCAUCGCAAACGCAGCAACUCGCGCCGUGUCGUCGGUGGGAUUCCGCGCUGUGCGAAUCCCCGCCGCAAAGGUGGUGGUCGGCGCGCGCUUUGGAUCUCUCUGGACGAACGUGACCAUGGGUCCUCCCGACCCGAUCCUGGGAGUCACCGAAGCCUUCAAGGCCGACAAGAACCCAAACAAGAUGAACUUGGGCGUCGGAGCCUACCGUGACGACGCUGGUCGUCCCUAUGUGUUGAGCUCCGUCCGCAAGGCCGAGAGGAGCAUCCACGAUCUCGCCCUCGACAAGGAAUACAUUCCAAUCACCGGUGUGCCCGAGUACAACAAGCUCGCCGCUGAGCUUGCUUACGGAGAUGCGGCGGUUCUGAAGGAAGGACGGGUCGCGACCGCUCAGUCCCUGUCUGGAACGGGUGCCUUGCGGUUGGGAGGAGAGUUCCUGGCGAGGUGGUACAAGGGCGCUGGCGGCAAGAAGAUCUACCUGCCCACGCCAAGUUGGGGAAAUCACACGCCCAUCUUCCGUGACGCGGGUCUGGAGGUCAAGCAGUACACGUACUUUGACAAAAAGACCAACGGCCUGGACUUUGACGGCAUGAUCAAGGAUCUGAAGAGCAUCCCUGAUGAGUCGGUCGUCCUGCUGCACGCCUGCGCCCACAACCCCACCGGUGUGGACCCCACGCCAGAGCAAUGGAAGGAAAUCUGCCACAUCGUCAAGCAAAAGAAACACCUCCCCUUCUUCGACAUGGCCUACCAAGGCUUCGCAUCCGGCGACACAUCCCGCGACGCGUUCGCCCUCCGCCACUUCGUCAAAGAAGGCCACCAAGUCCUCCUCGCGCAGUCCUUCGCCAAGAACAUGGGCAUGUACGGCGAGCGCGUCGGCCUCUUCUCCAUCGUCACUGCCUCCGCCGAAGAAACCCGCCGCGUCGACUCCCAAGUCAAGAUCCUCAUCCGCCCCCUGUACUCCAGCCCACCACUCAGCGGCCCCCGCAUCGUGAAACAGGUCCUGGCCGACCCCACGCUCAGGACCGAGUGGCUCGCAGAAGUCAAGACCAUGGCUGACCGGAUCAUCACCAUGCGUGCGAGCUUGCGCGGACACUUGGAGAACACAUACAAAUCGCAGUUGCCUUGGGAGCACAUUACGUCGCAGAUUGGAAUGUUUUGCUACUCGGGCUUGUCGCCGGAGCAGGUGGACAAGCUAAGGUCGCAGGCUUCCGUGUACCUUACGCGUGAUGGCCGGAUCUCGAUUGCUGGUAUCACGAGCAAGAAUGUCGAGUACCUGGCAAAGUCGAUUCAUGACGUUACAAUGAUGGCCGGAUCUCGAUUGCUGGUAUCACGAGCAAGAAUGUCGAGUACCUGGCAAAGUCGAUUCAUGACGUUACAAAGUAGAUAGGAAAGUUUAUCCCUCCUGUUCGGUAGUCUAGAUGUACGUUCGUGUAUCUACAAGCAGGAUUACGCCUACGGCUUGACUGAACACAGCGGGCGUAGAGUUCUUAGCGACCUUUUCUUUGCUCAUCAUUGCGUCCCUUCCAAUACAUUUUGAAUCCCGAUCACUGCGAUAUUGGGCUUGCAU